UAAUAAUUAUAUUUUUUAUAAUAUUUAAUAAAUAUGCUGACUAGGUCACUUCUCAAGCAGAAGAAUGCAUGGAGAUUUGGACAGAGAUCCAUCUCAACUACUACUAAUUUCGAUGGACAGAGCCAAGGAGAUUCUAAUAACUUUAGCAGAUAUUAUGCUGUGAUGGCUGGAUCCAUCGCUGCUGGUCUAUUUGCUUAUGCCUACUCGAAUAGGAAAUCUACUGAGGCCUGGCUUUUCAGAGAUGACAUUGGUUCUCCAUACGGUAUCAAGGGUUAUGAAGAACAAGUAAACUCUGUUGGUGUUGAUCACGGACACAAUUAUUGGCCAUCUGAAGUAGCAUUCCAAACCUAUAACUCAGCAACCUUGAGAAGAGGAUUCAAGGUCUUCUGCAGAGUUUGCCAGGGAUGUCACGGAGCUAUGCAUAAGAAAUACGAUUUGCUUGUCGACAAAGGUUUCAAGCAGAGAGAACUUAUCGAUAGAAUGGCAUUCCUUCAGCAAUUGCACCCAGCCCAUCAAAAAUAUAAGGGAGACUACUUCCAAGAAUGGGAUUACAGACAGAGGGUCAUUCAUGACAGAAUCUGGGCUCCAUACUUCACGGUUCAUCAAGCUAAGGGAGCUAACGGAGGUCUCUGGCCAAAAGAUUUGACUCAUGGAAACAGAAUGAACCCAGGAAUGAUCAAUCAUGUUUACAAUUUAAUGACCGGAUACCACUACAAUCCUCCAUUUGGAUUGGAUGUCCCAGAAGGAAAGUAUUUCAAUCCAUACUUCGAUCACAUGAUCAUUGGUAUGCCUCCACAGCUAUAUGAUGGCAUGAUCGAAUACGAAGAUGGAACCCCAGCAUCAGCUCCACAGAUGGCUCAUGAUGUAUCUGAGUACCUUAUGUUCUUGUCUAGAUCAAAGGGUCCAGACACCAAGGUAACGAUCUGGCUCAUUUUGUUCAUGAUGAUGACCUUCUAUCCAAUUUCAUACCUCUACACUAAAUACCACAUGGUCAACAUUUUGUCCCACAGAUUCGAGGUCUAUGCUGUUAAGAAUGGUGGAUACAAGAAGUUCAGAGAAAAGAUGUUCAAGACCAACAAGGUACCAGGAAACUUCCACGGACAAUACUCAUAAGGAUAAGGACUUACACUGUAAUACAUGUAAAAGCACUAACAUUUU